AUGCCAGCCACCGACCCCAACGACAUAAAAAACAAAAUGAAGCGCUCCGAAGUCGUUUCGAAGCUCAAGUCAGAAAAGUCUCGAGCGAAGCUGAAACGCCGACAGCGGAUCCAGAAAGAGGAAGCGGACGCACCCGAGUUGAAGGAGCAGCGGUUGAAGGACAAUGCGCCAAAGACCUUGGAUAACAUGAGGGAGUUUGACGAGACGGUGGUGGGAGAGGACGAGGAGGUGUUUCAGGAGGAGGAGACGGAUGAGUUUGCGCAAUAUUUUGGGGGAUUGCCGCCGAAGAUCUUGGUUACGACGAGCAAGAGGCCUAGUGCGAACGUUUACGAGUUUGCAGAAGAGUUCGUAUCGAUAUUCCCUGACGCCGAGUUUGUGAAACGUGGAUCGCAGUUCGAAAUCAAGAAGAUUGUGGAACUUGCCAUUAAGCGGAAUUACACAGACGUUGUGGUUGUUAACGAGGACCGAAAGAAGCCAAACGCCAUAACGAUGAUCCAUCUGCCACAUGGACCAACGGCACAUUUCAAACUGAGCAGUAUAAAGCUGAGUCAAGAGAUCAGGGGCCACGGCCGCGCCGGUCCCCAAAAACCCGAAUUAAUCCUCAACAACUUCAACACCCGUCUCGGCCACACCAUCGGCCGCUUCUUCGCCUCCCUCUUCCCACACGUCCCCGAAUUCAAAGGCCGGCAGGUCGCAACCUUCCACAACCAGCGCGAUUUCAUCUUCUUCAGGCGACAUCGGUAUAUUUUCAAGGAUGGCGAGCGGUGCGAUUUGCAGGAGUUGGGACCGCGGUUUACGUUGAAGCUGAGGUGGCUGCAGAAGGGGACCUUUGAUACCAGGUUCGGGGAGUAUGAGUGGAUGCAUAAGGUAUGGGCUAUUGUGUUUUGCUUAUGGGGAUUGCAGCAUAUACUCAUGCAGACUCUUUUCUCUACGCAGCCGGAAUUGGACACCAGCCGUCGCCGGUUCUUCCUGUAG